AUGCUUCAUAUUCAGCACGGUGUUCCUGCCUUGCGAUGGAAUGAGCAACUAGCUGCUCAAGCUCAGUCAUGGGCUGAAAAAGUAGCUAGACAAGCACAUAUCUCCUAUAAGGAAUUGAGUGGAGUAGGAGAAAAUAUCACAUUCUUUCCACGUGACUUGGAUCCAGAAGCAAUUGUCGAGCACUGGUACGAGGAACAUGAAAAAUAUGAGUAUGAAACUCCUGGAUGGCAAUCUGGGACGAAUUAUUUUACGCAAAUUAUCUGGAGAGGGACAGAAGAGAUCGGAAUAGGAAGAGCUUUUGUGGAGCCCGAUGUUGUGGAAAACCUAAAUAGGAAAACCUCUUUAAGAAGCGGCAAACUGGCGUGUCCAGGUGACCAAGUCAUCGUGGCAUUCUAUAGCCCGGCUGGUAACAACAAUCGCGCAGGACAGUUCGCUGGCAAUGUUUUAAAACCAUUGCGACGACACGAAACAAUCACCGAACAAUAG